AUGGUUGCAUCGGUACAUAUGUUUGUACACAAGCAAAUUUACUUAGAACAGACAUCAGAUGAGAAACUUCGCUUAUACUUGCCUUUGCAAAUUACAAGCACAGCAUUAUCGCCUAGUCGGGAACGAGACUUCACUUUAAACCCAAUCGCUAAUGUUAAGCGCGCUGAACAACACUCUUUUUUCUGUGAAGACAAAGUCCUAUGGUGCACCAAAUUGCAAACGACAAUGGGGCCAGGAAAAGUGGGAACUCAAUUUGGAGCUAGAAUUUUAAUUCCACUUCAUUAG